CAAAAAGGCAUUCUCAAUCAACCCCAAACCCAUGUUCUCGCCCAACCCAGCCAAGAACAGAGAUAAGGUCUCAAAAUACUCCAUUGUUACCACCCAUUCACGCACCAAAAUCCAGGGAGAAAGGAAGAAGGGAAAAGAGAAGAGAAAAGAGGAGAUUAGGUGCGAAAACUUGUGAUUAAUAAGGUAUUUCAAGAACCUUCACGGAGUUGAAACGAUCGCCGGAGUUGUCGCCGGAGUUUGUUGAAGUUCACCGGAGUUUCACCGGGGCCAAAUCGGGGAGGCUAGACUUCAUAAGCUUCAUUAAGGUUAAGGCUUGAGACCAAAUCCUGCACCUUUGCCCAGGGUGAUCAUCAAUAAGGAAGACGUGAAAUGGAGGGUAGAGGCAUGGCUACGAGGAACAACCCGAGAGGGCAAACUCCGGUGACGUCCGAAGGGGCUAGCCAGGUUGCAUCUCGGGGCGCGAGAGGCGGUAGGAGAGGCCGUGGAGGCCGUGGAGGCCGGGGAGGCCGUCGGGCUCAAACCGUGAGCGAUGGCCAUGUUAGCUCGGUGCAUGGAACUCACACCGAGGAUUAUGACUCUACCUAUGUUCCCGAGACGGAACAUGAGGAGACCCCAUAUGAUGGGGGUGAUACGUAUACUGAUGAUGACAACGAUGAGAGUGAUGCCAAAUUCGCCCAGAUGGGUGAACUGUUUGAGUGGUAUCAAAAGGAGAAGUUGAGGAGAGAUCUUAGGCGCCAAGCUAGGCGUGCCUCUCAGGGGGCUUCAGGUCACGGAAGCCGGGGAGCAUCAGUGGCUACACCUGUGGCGUCACAGGGAAUGCAUGGAGGAGGUUUUUGUGUAAGAAUCUCCAAAUACCUCAAGGAGGCUAGGGCCUUGGGGUGCAAGUCAUUUGACGGCAAGGGUGAUAUAUCGGUGGCUGCCGAUUGGAUAAAGAAGCUAAAUGAGGCUGCUAGGGAUAUGCAGAUCGGGCUUGAUAUAAAGCUGACAGUUGCUACCAGGUUACUGGAGGGAGUAGCCGCGGUAUGGUGGGAAGGCGUGGAAGGAAAGUUCCACGGUGAGACCACCUGGGAGAAAUUUGAAGUAGAAUUCUAUAAUCAGUACUACUCAGAGUUCGAAAAGAACCAGAAGAGGAAGGAGUACAUGACCUUGACACAGGAGGAUGGGUGCUCGGUAAGGCAAUUGGAACAGAGGUUCCGGGACUUGGCACGAUACAUACCUGAGUACGCCAUGGAUGAGAACCGCAUGGCUAAUCACUUUUGGGAUACCCUACAGUUGGAUAUCCGUGAUAGGGCCACCUACAAUCAUCACAUGACCUUUAGUGAGAUUGUGGAUCAGGGGCUACUUGGGGAAGCCAAGUGGAACGAAAGGAAGAAGAGAGACGCCGAGGAGGCGAAGAAGAGAAGAUGGGGAAAUUCUGGGCCCCAAGACCAUUCUCGGAAACAUCACGCUGGGAAUGGAAGUUCAUUUAGGGCGCCGGAACCACCGGCGAAGAAGAGCAAGGGUCCAGGAGGGCAAGGGCACAGCUCGGGGAGCGUGAGGCCACCAAGGUGUCUAAACUGUAACAAGAAUCAUGCCGGGAAAUGCAAUGCACCACCCCGGUGCUACAAGUGCGGUAGCACUAGUCACCUCAAGUUUUCUUGCCCAAUGUUGAAUGGAGGAGGACCAUCGGGAGUCCCUGAAGGACCUACGUCUAACAGGGGGCGUGCAGGGUCAUCUCAAGGCGGCACGGGAAGGGGCGGACCCACGGCUAGUAACGCCGCGUCCGUUAACCAAGGGAGGACCCAAGCACGGGUGUAUGCAAUGACCGAG